CAUCCGGUCCCUCCCCGGCUAACAGCUGCUAUCUUGCUGCGGUUUGUGGGUGUUGAAAUGUCAGCUGAUUGUUAGCCCGUCUAGCUAGCUUAGCUUAGCUGGCUGUUUGUUUUUGUCCCUAGAUAAGGCGCUUCUAACGCAGCCCCCAGGGUUAACGCAUAUUUAGUCAUUUCAAGGACUUAUACUCGUUUACAUUCGUCGCCUGUUUUUGUUUCGCGGGGCUAAGCCGCCGUUAGUGGUGCUGAAAUUUCCACAGCAGCGAGGAGGAAAAGGGAGUGAAGUUGCUGUCCGAGUCUCUCUGCAUUGCAGCCCCCGGCGCUGCUGAUGGAGUUCAAACACACAACAAUGGCGACUGCUAGUUCAAACAACUCAACAACACCCAGCAGCCACAGCAGCAGCAGCAGCAACAACGCAGGAUCGGCUGCGCACCACUUCCAGCAGCCGCAGCAGUCCCAGUCCCAGUCCCAGCACACUACAACCAUGAGCAGCAUGCAGGAGUCCAACACCUGCUGGAGAUGUCAGAGUGAAACAGGGUUUCAGAUAAACCUGUCUGGAGCUCACCCAAGUAAACGCAAAGCUCUGAAACUGAACUUCGCCAACCCCUCAACCAAACCCUCCACUAGAUUCUCCUUAAACACGGCUGGACCUCCAUUUCAGAACCCCCACAUAGAGAGGCUGAGAACUCACAGUAUUGAGUCGUCGGGGAAGCUGAAGAUCUCCCCAGAGCAGCACUGGGACUUCACAGCCGAAGAUCUCAAGGAUCUGGGUGAAAUAGGCCGUGGGGCGUAUGGCUCUGUCAACAAGAUGGUGCACAAACCGAGCAACAUGAUCAUGGCAGUUAAGAGGAUCCGGUCAACAGUUGAUGAGAAGGAGCAGAAGCAGCUGCUGAUGGACUUGGACGUGGUGAUGAGAAGUAGUGAUUGUCCUUACAUUGUCCAGUUUUACGGCGCUCUGUUCAGAGAGGGUGAUUGCUGGAUUUGUAUGGAACUCAUGGCUACCUCGUUAGACAAAUUUUACAAGUUUGUAUAUGGCUCGUUAGACGACGUGAUUCCAGAAGAGAUAUUAGGAAAAAUAACUUUAGCUACUGUGAAGGCACUUAACCACUUGAAAGAAAACUUGAAAAUAAUACACCGAGACAUCAAGCCGUCCAACAUCCUCCUGGACAGGAACGGCAACAUAAAGCUCUGUGACUUCGGCAUCAGCGGCCAGCUGGUGGACUCCAUCGCCAAAACCAGAGAUGCAGGCUGCAGGCCGUACAUGGCGCCGGAGAGAAUUGACCCCAGCGCUUCCAGGCAGGGAUACGAUGUCCGCUCAGAUGUUUGGAGUUUGGGAAUCACAUUGUACGAGCUGGCCACAGGACGGUUUCCCUACCCGAAGUGGAACAGUGUGUUCGACCAGCUGACUCAGGUGGUGAGAGGAGACCCACCGCAGCUCAGCAACUCAGACGAGAGGCGCUUCUCCCCCAAAUUCAUCUCCUUUGUUAACGUGUGCCUGACAAAGGAUGAAUCCAAGAGGCCAAAGUACAGAGAGCUUCUGAGAGACCCAUUCAUUCAGAUGUACGAGGAGCGCUCAGUCGACGUUGCCGGAUACGUCUGCAGGAUCAUGGAUCAGAUGCCGGCCUCUCCCAGCUCCCCCACAUACAUGGAAUGAAAGCAAGACAAAAACUAAACCACAUCAACCUAUCUCCACCGAUCUGUUAAAAACAAACCCAUCAACGAUGAAAUCUUUGUGUCAAAUUGUUUGGUCCCCUAUUGCAGUGUUAAAAGAGAAAAAAAAAAACGCACCAUUUAUGGAUCAGUCUGUAUAUAUUUCCGCACUUCUGUUUCUCUCUUGUUCACAAAUGCACAGACACACACAUAUAUAUUGGGAGCUGGAUCCAUCAGCCGUUACACAUCUCCAGGACUGCUAACAGGGAGUUACCAGUCACUGAAAAAUAAUGUGGGAAAUGUAUUUAUGGAACCAAAAUGAUGUAGAGUUUUUGAUUUGGACACUUUAAAACCAACUGGAAUCAUCCUGUCUGUUAACUGUUCCGCCUCUUUAAUGUCCGUGAAUAAGAGCAAUGUGUUUGGUAAUAAACCCGUUGUCAGACAUGCAGUAUGCUGAUGAAUGAAUAAAGACAAAGGAGAAAGAA